AUGUCGAGGUCCCAUAACAAUCCUCAACGUCCUCCACCCACUCCUCCAUACAAUCGUCAGAGCGGAUCAUCACAUUCAUCAGGUCCGCCAGGUAGUUCUGGUUCUUCAAGACCUCCAGGUACAGCCAGUAGUAGUACAAGUACCGAGGAGUUGAGUCUGUCAGCUUGGCUGGCUUGUAGUGCUGAUCAAGAGGCCAAGAUAACAUAUGUAUCAGAAUCUAUGCAAGAGAUUUUGGGUUACAAUCCCAAUGAUCUGAUAGGGAAAUCCACCUAUGCAAUAUUUCAUCCAGACGAAAUACCCAUGUUGAGGCAAAUCCAUUAUCAAGCAUUAGCAGAUGAGAAGACAGCUUGCGUGGCUUACUAUAGAGCAUUGCAUAAAGAUGGAUACUAUGUGGAGUGCUGUUGUUCCUAUUACACGGUGUACAACACGUCAUUGACGUUAUACACCAGAGCUGUAGAUGGUCAACGGACCUUGCAACAAGCCCUCACGGCUAGGGAAGUAGUGGAAGUGUCGCCCUCCCCAGACGGAAAAUUCUUCAUCAAGCGAUGGCCAUCAACUGCGUCUCGCCCUCUUGCUUCAUCACCCGAUUCCACCUCAAUAUCGCUUUCCCCGCCUCCACUCGAUCACCCGUGGCCAACACCAAAUAAGCCUUCUCCCAGAACCUUCUUCAUCAUCGAUCGUUUUACGGAUCUAAGUAGGAUCAUGUAUGUCAGCAACGAUGUCAUAGUGAAUGGCCUAAGACUCAAAGAUCAACCCUUCUAUUCAAUAAUACGACCGUCUGAUCGUGCUCAUGUUCGUAAAUAUAUCGAAUCAGCGAAACAAUCAACACCUAUCAUGUUCAAUGAACGACGAUCAGGUGGACAUGGAUAUACCACUUUCCACGUAUUGAGGAUACCGGAUUUACCUGCUAGAGGAGAAACGUGGCCUCAAGGAACGGAUGAUUCUGAACGAUCAAUGCCAGGUCAAGAAUUCAUUCUUGUGGAAGGGAUCUUCACCGCUUCAAGCGAUGGUCUCACCUGCAUAAUAUCGAGGUCUGGUCUAAAUAAGGACAAGAGACGGUAA